AAAUGUCAUCAAAUACUGAUGGAGCCAAGAGUCAUGCACGAAGAGACCUUUUGCUGAAGAUCCAGUCGGAUGCUCAAACAUUUUGGGAGGAGAACAAGGUUUUUCAGGCUGAACCAGGCAAUAAACUUCCAGGUCCUGGUGAAAAAUUCUUUGGCAACUUCCCAUACCCUUACAUGAAUGGCUUGCUACACUUGGGUCAUGCCUUUUCAUUGUCCAAGCUUGAGUUUGGUGCUGCAUACCACAGACUCCGUGGCUCAAAUGUCCUUUUGCCAUUUGGUUUUCACUGUACUGGUAUGCCCAUCAAGGCCUCAGCUGAUAAGCUAGCUAGGGAGAUUCAACUGUAUGGAAAUCCUCCAGUGUUUCCUUCAGCUGAGGAUGAUUCAAGUGCUGAAGUAGCAGAGGAUAGCCAGGCUGACCAGGCUGUUGCUGUUGCGCCGGAUAAAUUUAAGAGUAAGAAAUCUAAGGCUGCUGCAAAGACUGGCUUGCAGAAGUUCCAGUGGGAGAUCAUGAGGGGCUUUGGCCUGUCAGAUGAAGGAAUUGCCAAAUUCCAGGAUCCUUCUCACUGGUUGACCUACUUCCCUCCGUUGGCAAAGGAAGAUCUUAAGGCUUUUGGCCUGGGUUGUGAUUGGAGGCGCUCAUUCAUAACCACUGAUAUGAAUCCUUACUAUGAUGCUUUUGUUCGCUGGCAGAUGAGGAAGCUGAAGAAAAUGGGCAAAAUUGUUAAGGAUAUGAGGUACACCAUUUACUCUCCAUUGGAUGGCCAACCCUGUGCUGAUCAUGAUAGGGCAACAGGUGAAGGUGUGCAGCCACAAGAGUAUGUGUUGAUUAAGAUGAAGGUGAUCCCACCUUUUCCUCCCAAGUUAAAGGCCUUGGAAGGAAAGAAUGUUUAUCUGGCAGCUGCUACAUUGAGACCUGAGACGAUGUAUGGGCAAACAAACUGUUGGGUACUGCCUGAUGGGAAGUAUGGGGCUUUUGAGAUCAAUGAAACUGAUGUCUUCAUUGUGACAGCAAGGUCUGCUCUUAAUCUUGCAUAUCAGCAUCUAUCCAGCGUCCGGGAAAAGCCUACCUGUUUGGUUGAGCUUGCUGGCAAUGAUUUGAUUGGUCUUCCAUUAAGGUCUCCUCUUUCCUUCAACGAAAUCAUAUAUGCGCUUCCCAUGCUCACUAUCUUGACAGAUAAAGGUACUGGCAUUGUGACAAGUGUGCCAAGCGAUUCGCCAGAUGAUUACAUGGCACUGCAAGAUUUAAUCACAAAGCCGGCUUUGAGAACGAAGUUUGGUGUCAAAGAUGAGUGGGUUCUUCCAUUUAAUGUCAUACCAAUAAUCAACAUUCCUGAAUUUGGGGAUAAGUCAGCUGAGAAGGUGUGCCUUGAUCUUAAGAUUAAGACCCAGAAUGAUAAGGAGAAGCUUGCUGAAGCAAAAAGGAUGACAUACCUUAAAGGAUUUACAGAUGGAGUGAUGAUUGUAGGAGAGUAUGAUGGCAGAAAGGUUCAAGAAGCGAAGCCACUGAUAAAGAACAAGCUUCUGGCAGAAGGAUCUGCUGUAUUGUAUAGUGAGCCUGAGAAGAAAGUCAUGUCAAGAUCCGGUGAUGAGUGUGUUGUAGCUCUUACAGAUCAGUGGUACAUAACUUAUGGUGAAACUGAAUGGAAGCAGAAGGCAGUCAAGUGUUUGGAAAAUAUGAAUACAUUCUCGGCUGAAACCCGUAAUGGAUUUGAACACACGCUGGGCUGGCUGAACCAGUGGGCAUGUUCACGUUCUUUUGGCCUCGGUACUCGCAUUCCAUGGGAUGAGUGUGCGUGGGUGGCCUCUCAGCGCCGGUGCGCGGAGUGCCACGGCGGUCGGGGCAGGCUCGCUGUCCAGUCCUACUCACGGCCGUUCGACCCUGCUGCACUGGACCUCAUGCGCGCCUGUCAAGGCUCCCCACAUAUCCUCGCCGCUUCUUGUUCCUCUAGUUCUUGUCCCGCCCUAUCCCUCCAUGGCCGCGCUAAAGAUGCAGAUGUGUCGCUCGCUGCUGUACGGACGCCACUCCUCGCCCGCCUCUCCAUCCCUUAG